AUGGAGGAGUCUUCAAUCCUGCGUACCGUCGUAGAAAAAAUCGUAGAAAAUACUUUUAAUGUGCUCAAUUUUGGUGCCAUUGGAGAUGGCACCACUGACGAUUCCCAAGCAUUUGUGAAAGCAUGGGAAGCUUUAUGUGGAGCUAAUGGAAGCACACCAACACUUGACAUACCAGCUAAACAUACAUUUUUGUUGAAGCCUUUGAAAUUUAAUGGUCCUUGCAAAUCCAACAGUGUUCACAUUCAGCUUUCAGGGAAAAUUGUAGCACCAAACACCAUUGAUGCAUGGGGUGGCUGUGGAAUUGGUGAAUGGUUGGGUUUCCAUGACAUAAAAAGUCUCAACUUAUAUGGAUCUGGUGAAAUAGAUGGUCAAGGCUCAGUCUGGUGGCAAAAUGAGAAGAAGGGCGGAAAAUGCGAAAGGCCAGAAAAGACCUCCAUCCCACCUGUUUUAAUAUUUGAAUAUGAGACCUAUAUAUUGAUGAAAAUUUUACCUCUAAACUUUAAUUCUCUGCAUGUAUAUCUCAACCCACGAAUCCAUAUAGGAAUCCUUGAUUGCACUGAUGUACUUGUCUCUAAUCUUCAUAUCACUGCCCCUGAGGACAGCCCCAACACCGAUGGGAUGGACAUUUCUAGAUCAACCCAUGUUCGGAUUCAAAACUCCACUAUUGGGACAGGAGAUGACUGUAUUGCUGUUAAUGGUGGUUGCUACGACGUCAAAAUUAAUAAUAUUGCCUGCGGACCUGGGCAUGGAAUCAGCGUUGGAAGUUUAGGACAAAACGGAGUUAAGGACACAGUUGAAGAGGUGCAUGUUUGGAACUGUAGCUUCAAUGGGACUCAAAAUGCAGCAAGAAUCAAGACAUGGCAGGGUGGAUCGGGGUAUGCCAGGAAGAUUUCUUAUGAUCAAAUCACUCUUAUAGCAUCUCACAAUCCUAUCAUAAUUGACCAGUAUUACUGCAAUGGUGCAUCCAAUUGCCGAAACGCGUCGUCGGCAGUAACAGUGAGUGAGAUAACCUACCGUGGUUUCCAAGGAACUUCUGCGGGCGAAGAAGCAAUCAAACUUAAUUGCUGUAACCUAGGUUGUGACAAAAUCGUAAUGGACCAAAUUAACAUUGUCUCAUCAGCUCCAGGAAAGCAGACUCAUGCCCUCUGCGAACAUGCUAAUGGAACAUCCAAGGCAACUAUACCUGACGUGGCCUGUCUUACAAAAUCAGGAUACUGA